CCGACUAGGUUGAGUGGGCUCGCACAACCUGGAAUUUGUCAAAACCAGAGCAGUUUUACGAAAGAUAAAUCCAAGGUUAGGGUCUGAUGCAAAAAAUAAAGUUAAAAAAAAAGCAAAUGGAGAACUUAUUUUUGAAUGUUAUGUAUUUGAAGGUCGCCAUGGAAACCAUACACUGAAGCGGCUUCAUGGCAUUGACGUCACCGUGUGACUGGCUCAGUUUGUGUUAAUUGGGCUUAAGGUGUAUCUUAUCACCACCAGCGCUGUCUGGAAGAUUAAAGAUAACAAGUUCAUAUUUUGUUAUACAACCUGUUUUGCAUUGCAUUGCAAUAAUACAUGCAUUAGUUACUGUUUUGGGGCUUGUUAAACCUCAGCUGAAUCUAAAUAACUAAGGAACAAUUUAUCAAACUUCAAAUUAUGAAUUUACUGCAGAACUAAUAGGGAGUAUACCCUUAUCUUUGCAAUAUUGCUACACUGUAGGAAAUGAUAUAUGCCUUUUUUUAUGUACAGCUACAAAUUAUUGUAACCUUAAUGUUUUAUACAAAUGCUUACUUUCCAAUUACAUGACGUCACAUUGAAGCAGCUGCUGUUGUGCAACAGGCAUUUCUUACUAGAAUUAAAUGUAAUAUUAAAAUAGAAAGAAAGAAUAUACAGUUGGCAGAGCAUUAAAACAAUUACGACCAGAUAUUUUUUGCACAAAUUGUUUGCUUUAAAACAGCUAGCUAGAAGUUAAGGGUUUCAAAUGACACAACACAGAUAAUGCAAAAUAAUGUUCUCACAGCAGACCUAAACAAGUCUUUUGAAGAAUAUCACACUCUCUGCAACACCUAAACACACCUAUUGUUGAUAUUUAGAAAAUAACACUUGUGAAUGCCAUUAAAGACUUUACUUCUACACUGAACACUAAUAAAACCUUUAGCAGAUAGCUGAGACUCUUUAGCCAUCAGCAAGAAAACUAAACUCACACUUCAGUAAGUUAAUGAGCAAUCUUGUGGUGGUAUUAUCGAAUUCUUUAUGAUCAGUACAAUAUGCUGAUAUAGUAAUUAAUUAUAAUUUUUAAACAGGACAGAAUGUUAUGGCUCACUUUAAGAAGUAAAGGUGCUUGAAUGUGAUAUCGGUGCUCCUUCCCCUUUUUCACAAGAAGCAGAGCUGAAAACACAGUAUUACAAGAGAAUCUAACAUAAAAUCAGAAUGUGUGCAGUCUGGCAUUGAUCCUGUGUGCCCUUUAAUGGACUCUUAUCUUAUUUGCUCGGCUACAGAAUGGUUCAAUGAUCCAGAAGUGAUUUCACUAGGAUUCCAGCAGGUGGCUAUGACGGGGCGGUUAGCUUGCUUGCUUGCUGACAUACUGACUGGUUAGGAGUGCCAGUCAGGAGAGGUUUUAUGACACUCACUGUGGAUCAAAGUUCAAAUGUGGGCCUCAAACGAUUGUCAGUCCAUCCGACCUGUUGGGCCUGACCACCGGCUGGCUUUUCUCCGGCUCUCCUGCUGCCGCUGUCCUGUCUCCUUGUCUUUGCAACAAUGACGAUCAAACUGAGCUGACUGGGAAGUUUGCGUCCCAUGAAGAUGGACAUACCUGGUUAUUACUUGGAACAGCCCCAGCCUCCUGCCCAUUACUCUGAUAACCAUCCAGAGCACUUGUUAAUGCAGGAGGGCUCAUCAACACCUCAGGAACAAAAGACUGAGGCAGACAGCAGGCCAGAGUCAGAGGAGAGCUGUCCGGUGUGUGGUGACAAAGUCUCCGGAUACCACUACGGACUGCUUACCUGUGAGAGUUGCAAGGGAUUCUUCAAACGCUCUGUACAGAAUAACAAGCAUUAUACCUGUUCGGAGCAACAAAGCUGCCCAAUGAACCUUUCCCAAAGAAAACGCUGUCCUUUCUGCCGCUUCCAGAAGUGUUUGGCUGUAGGCAUGAGGAGAGAAGCUGUAAGAGCAGAUCGCAUGAGAGGUGGCCGGAAUAAAUUUGGGCCCCUGUACAGACGGGACAGGCAGAUGAAACAGCAAAAGGCAAACACUGAUCCCUGCAGGAUUAAGAUGGAAACUAAGCAAGCACCUGGUCCCCAAUCUCCAACUGUUCUCCACCGGAUAAGUGGCCCGACAAGCAAUUCGUCAUCUUCUGCUGCUUUUCAUCUAUCUCACAUUGUCUGUCCAUCUGGGUUGGAGCAAAGCGGUCAACCUUUGGCUCUGGACUGUACAACGAACAUUCAUAGGGCGCUAACACCUCCAUCCAUGGCUUUCCGUGGACUUUGUUGCACCUACCCUGAAUACUUGCAGGAUAAAGGAGAGUCAAGCUUCAGCUACGGCCCAGUUCCCACAUAUUAUCCAGUCCAUUCAGCCUUAGAUAAUUCAUUCACACCCACAUAUUCUCCUUGCUCCACACCAAGCUCAGCCCCUGCUAUUUGCCAGACUGAAACUCACACCUCAGCAUCACUUCCACCAGCCACUCCUGCUCCCAGCUUCCUCAACCUGCUCCUGGAGGGUGAACAAGAUGAGUGUCAGCUACGCACCAAAGUCCUGGCUACACUACAGAGAGAGCAGGCCAAUCGAGGGAAGCACGACUGCCUAAAUACAUUCAGUAUCAUGUGCAAAAUAGCUGACCAGACUCUGUUUGGACUUGUGGAGUGGGCCAGAAACAGCAACCUCUUCAAGGAGCUCAAGGUGGACGAUCAGAUGGUCCUGCUGCAAAGCUGCUGGAGUGAGCUGCUGGUCCUUGAUCACCUCUGCAGACAAGUCACUUACAGCAAAGAAGGUUGUGUAUAUCUGGUCACAGGUCAACAGAUUGACGUGUCAACCAUUAUUUCCCAGGCUGGGACGACAUUAAAUAGCUUAGUAUCAAGGACCCAAGACCUUGUGUUCAAACUUAAGGCACUCCACUUUGACAGACAUGAGUUUGUUUGUCUUAAAUACCUUGUCCUUUUUAACCCAGAUGCGAAGUCGGUGCAGAACCGCAGACAAGUAGAGCAGACUCAGGAGCGGGUGAACAGGGCCCUCAUGGAACAUACCCAGAAAAGUCACCCGGGACACUCAGACAAGUUUGGGCAGUUGCUUCUUCGGCUCCCGGAAGUACGCAGCAUUAGCUUGCAAGUUGAGGACUAUUUGUACCAGCGCCACCUUCUCGGAGAUCUACCCUGCAACUCUCUACUUGCGGAGAUGCUGCACGGCAAGCACAACUAGGACGGUGUUGCAGUUUGACCCAUUACCAUCAAUUUCACAGAUACUCCGUGAAUAGGUUUCCAUUAGCGUUACCACAACCAAUUAUCUUUUGCAGAGCUGUAAAAAGUAGGACCCAAGCAUCUCCGUAUUUUAUGUAAACUGGGGAAAACUGUUCCAACAAAAGCAAUAAAAUACACUGUUAAUAAAGGCAGUUAAUCUGGUCUCUA